UUAAGCGUUGCCUGGGCGAGCGUUUGUGUCCGGUUCUGCUCUGCGCAUGCGCGCGGAAGACUCGUUCGUCAUGGCGCAUUACAGAGCUCCCGAGUCGAAGCGAGAACAGUUCAGGAGAUAUCUGGAGAAGAACGGGGUCCUCGACACUCUCACCAACGUCUUGGUGACUCUGUACGAGGAGACGGAGAAGCCCAGCAAUGCCUUGGACUUCAUCAAGCACCAGCUGGGCGUCGGACCCCAGGAUGAUGAAGCCGAGAGUCUGCGUCUGGAGCUGACCCGUCUACGACAGAAGUAUGAUCAGCUGAUGGAGGAGAACACGGAUCUGAGGAGCAGGCUGCUGCGGUACGAGCCGGCGCAGGACGUGGCUACAGAAUAACACAACUACUGCUUGACAUUCACAUCACUAGAUAUCUUUGAGUUUGUUCGUUUUGUCAGGUCUGAGAAAUGAUCAUUUUUGUUGUUCAGCAAAUUUGUGCCUUAUAUUUAAUAAAACAUUUUUUGCACUGUU